CUUAACGACGGUGGCAAGGCAGCCCGAGCGCACGUGGGGAUAGGUGAUGUGGUUCUCACCAUUGAUGGGAUAAGUACGGACGGGAUGACUCAUCUAGAAGCACAAAACAAGAUUAAGGCGUGUACAGGCAAUUUGAACAUGACUCUGCAAAGAGUGGCUUCUGUACCAAAACCCGAUCUUAUUCAUGUACCAAAGCCCACCACGCACAAUGCCGCCCCGAGCGCCUCUGCCGGCGACGGCGCCCAGGAUGUAGCCGAGGGGCCGCGACGAGGAUUCAGAGAAAACCAGGGGGAGAGUAAACAGCAAAAUGGGAAAAACCCACCCAAACGCCCCCCGCGGAAGCACAUUGUGGAUACCUAUACAGAGUUUUAUCACACACCCACCCACAGCGAUGCCAGCAAGAAGCGACUGAUUGAAGACACCGAAGACUGGCAUCCCCGGACAGGCACCACCCAGUCCCGCUCUUUCCGCAUCCUUGCCCAAAUCACUGGCACUGAUCACAUGAAAGAACCAGAACAUGAAGCUGCAAAGAAAACUAAGGAAAAGGUUCCCAUCCACGUCUUUAGCCCCAAAUAUACAAAAUUACGUGACUGGCACCAUGAAGUCUCAGCACGUGUUCUUAAUGUCCAGUGA